CUCCACACGCAGCGACGCCUCCGGCCCGCGUCUUCAUUAACGCCGCCCCAAAUCAACAAGCCACCCAUCCUCCUCCUCCUCGUCACCGGCCACACCAACCUCUUCUCCUCCCCUCCCCCUGCCCUCACAGGCUCGCACCUCCGGAUCCCAGGUUCCCAGUUCUCCAUGGAGCUGUUCUCGCGGGCCAAGGUGGUGCGGCUCAAGAGCCACCACGACAAGUUCCUGUACGCGGACGAGGACGAGGUGCACGUCACGCAGGACCGCAACGGCGCCUCCCCGAACGCGCGCUGGAGCGUCGAGGCCGUGCCGAACGUCCCCGGCGUCGUCCGCCUCCGGAGCCGCUACGGCCGCUACCUCACCGCCUCCAACGAGCCGUUCCUGCUCGGCAUGACGGGGCGGAAGGUGCUGCAGACGGCGCCCGCGCGCCCGGACUCGUCGGUGGAGUGGGAGCCCGUGCGGGACGGCUUCCAGACGCGCCUCAAGACGCGGUACGGGCACUUCCUCCGCGCCAACGGGGGGCUCCCGCCCUGGCGGAACUCCGUCACCCACGACGUGCCGCACCGCACCGCCACGCAGGACUGGGUGCUCUGGGACGUCGAGGUCGUGCAGGUGCUCACGCCGGGGCCCGAGCGCGCGGACUCCGCGCCCGUCAAGAUGCCGGACUCGCCGCCAGCGCCGGAGCUCAGGGACCCGCCGCCGGCGCCGCACCACCGGCCAUCCAAGUCCUACGCCGCGCCCCCGGCACCGCCGACGCUGGAGCCCGAUGCCCCGCGCCCGGGGCCAAGGCUCUCCAAGCUCGAGUCCUCCGAUUCUUUCUCCGCCCCCUUGCACAAGGUGGAGGGACGUGCCAUCCAUUACCACAUUGCAGAUGACCUGGGCAACGUGGAUGAUGGCACAGAGGGACACUCGUUUACAUUUAAUGGCAGCAACUUGGAGGAGCUCGCCCAGAAGUUGCAGGAGGAGACGGGUAUGGAUGGCAUCAUCAUAUGCACACGCAGCCCUAUCAAUGGGAAGCUCACUCCUCUCCGUUUGCAAUUGCCACCGAACAAUGCAGCGAUGCAUAUUGUGCUCGUCCAGGAGUCCUCAAAAGUGGUGAAGACAUUCCCAUGGCCAUAUGGUUCGUAGAUCAUAAAUCUUUUGGUGAAGACGGCGCCCUGAGUUUUGAUGGACCGCGCAUCUCGCCCGACGCCCGUUCAUCAGUCGAUCCACCCAUGCCAGUUCUGCAGUUACAAUGGGUACCACGAGCAACUACUGCUGACCUUGUGCCUCCAUCAGGGGUCUCAUUGCUGCAGAUGUACAAAGCGCUAUAUGUUUGAUUGAUUUAUAGACGACAGUUUGACCCUGAAUUAUAUGAGUUGUUGGAGAGAAUGUCUAAUCGCCGGGCCGGCUCAUUCUUCCCCCAUUUGGAUCCUGCCAGGAUGUGUAUAUCGUCGAAUUAAUAUAUUUUUUGAACCAUCUGUCGUUGACUUUUA